CAUCCCGAGCAGCAGCCGGCGGCGGCAGCGGUCUGUCCGCCUGCGCGCCUGCCUGCACGCCGUGCUCCGGGGAUUAUUUACGUCGCGCGUGUGGCUUGGCUCGGCGGUCGCGCAGUCGCCGUCGUCGGCUUGCUUGGUUGACGUGAACGUGUGCGGGCGUGCGCGACCCGUGUGUCGGCGGUCGCUCGUCGGUCUCCGUCGGCGUGUUUGUGGUGUGCGGUGAGGAUGUGGCCGUCCCGAUCGCCGCUCUGGAUGUACACGGCGGCAGCGAUGCGGCGACGCAGGCGAGGACCGAGUCCCUCAUCCGAUCGGCUCGACUGAGUCAGCGCAGCCACCCUGCGCUGCCGGACAUGCCGUCGGGCUGGAGUGAGCUGGCGCUGCAGUGCGUCAGCGGAGGCAUCUGCUCGGUGACGGACGGCAUGGAGAACCUUCGUGCCCAGAACCCGACUGUGUCGCCGGCCAGCAUCCGCAUCAAGAACAUGCCCCGGCACUCCGAGACCGGGACGCGGUUCCCCAAGCUGGGAGAAUGUGCCCACUUCCACUACGACAUGAUGGACCUGGCCUCUGUCCAGAUGUCCUUGGUGGAUUGGUGCGCCGCCCGCAGUCACGACGAGUCGGACAAGGAGAACAGGGAACUCCCUCAGCCACAGCCGAUUCAGCAGCCUCAUCAUCAUCAGCAGCAGCAAGUGCAGCAGCAGCUUCAGCAGUCGGUGUCUUCGUCCUCGGAGCCCGGCUGCUGCCCCGCCUGGUGGGCCGUUCAGGUGACGAGUCGCGAGCGGAGCUGGACCCUGCGGCGCUCGUACGACAACUUCCGGCUGCUGGACGAGCAACUGCACCGCUGCGUCUACGACCGGCAGCACUCGCGGCUCGCCGAGCUGCCGGACCCGGGACAGCUGCCCGCCGAACCCCAGCAGAGGGAGGCGGUGCUCCGGCAGCUGCUGUCGGAGUACCUGGAGCGGUUCUCGUGCCUGGUGGGCAACCUGGUGAGCUGCGGCUCGGUGCUCAACUGGCUUGAGCUCGACAACCGGGGCAACCGGCUGCUGGUCACCGACGAGUCGGCCAUCAACACGCCCGCCGUGGCCGCCGCCUACGUCACCAGGAGCUACCAGGCGCAGGCCCCGGACGAGAUCUCCUUCCAGGUGGGAGAUAUGGUGUCUGUCAUCGACAUGCCUCCAGCCGAUGAAUCAACUUGGUGGCGAGGAAAGCGAGGCUUUGAGGUGGGGUUUUUCCCAAGUGAGUGUGUUCAAGUGAUUGGAGACAAAAUUCCUCACAACCUGAAGAUUCCCACAAAGCCAGUGUUGCGGAAGCACGGCAAGCUGAUUGCCUUCUUCCGGUCGUUCCUGCUGUCGCGGCCUUCGCGGAGAAAAUUGAAGCAAAGCGGAAUCUUGAGGGAGCGGGUUUUUGGCUGCGACCUUGCGGAGCACCUCACCAACUCCGGCAGAGACGUGCCUCUGGUGCUCACAAGUUGUGCCAAAUUCAUCGAGCAAUACGGGAUAGUGGAUGGCAUUUACAGAUUAUCUGGAGUCACCUCAAAUAUUCAAAAACUCAGAGUGACCUUCGACGAAGACCGUGUGCCUGAUCUGAACGAAGAGGAAAUUCGGCAGGACAUCCACUGCGUGGCAUCUCUACUCAAGAUGUACUUCCGGGAGCUUCCCAACCCCCUACUUACCUACCAGCUCUACGAUAAAUUUGUGGCGGCCAUGCAACUUCAGGGCAACAACAAGCUGCUGAAGAUCCGCGAAGUGGUGAAGGAGCUGCCGCCCCCUCACUACCGCACCUUGGAGACCUUGGUGCGCCACCUGGCUGUCGUGUCCGCGCACGGUGACCGCACCGGCAUGACUGCCAAGAACGUCGCCAUCGUCUGGGCACCCAACCUGCUCAGGUCCAAGGAUCUUGAGGCUGCAAGUGUCGGAGCCCUGCAUGUGAUUGGCGUCCAGGCUGUGCUGACAGAGUACCUCAUCUGCUACGUAGAUCUCAUUUUCAAUGACAAGAUGCCUGCCUAUCCCAGCAGCCCAGAGUCCCUUGAGAGCACCCCUCGUAGGAGCAGCCGACCCAAGUCCCUGGCCAUUUCGACGCCGACCAAGCUGCUCUCACUGGAGGAGGCCCGUUCACGGGUGCUGGCCUCCAACCUUCCGGGCAACCAGCAACAGAAGUACAUAGACGUGGGCGGGGGACCCGACAGCCUGCCCGCCAAAUACCACACGGUCAUCGAACUGCCCCACGGGAAACGUGGCAGCGCCAAGCUGAAGAAGUCUCCGCUGGGAUGGAGGUCUUUCUUUGUGCGGGGCUGGCACUCUGGCAGUGCCCGGGAGAAGGACAAGCGUGCCCAGGGUCUGCGCAAGGCCAGCACGGGAUCUCUGCCUCACCACCAGAGCCUUCCCAUUCAGGACAAAGCACUGACCGAAGCUGACCUGGUACAUAGUGCAUCGAAACAGCUGCGGAGCGUUAAAAGUGCAGAGUCUUUGAUUUCAAGUGGAGGGCAUUCUGGCAGGAAUUCGGAAAUCUUGGACUCCUGCAACUCUUCCUCAGAAGCGUCGAGGGUGCAGCCGUUCCAGUGGAUGCCCGAAGCGACACCCCCGGCCUCGUCUCCCGGCGGCGCCCACAAGCACGUGCGCUCGGUCUCCCACGACUCCUACUUCGAGCGUGGUGCCCUGGACCUCUCCCUCGAAGACCUCAACGUCACCUUCCAGUUCGCAGCGUCCCACCAGCAGCAGCAACAACCUUCACCGCCGCAGAAGUCUCCCCGCAAACAGAAGCUCUGCUCGGAUGUCGAGGGCGCGAACAACCCCAAGGUGCAGCGUCUGGGCGACGUUGUCGACUCUCCCGCGUUCCAGUCUAGUCACCGUUCAGCGGCCGACACAUUCAGCUCGGCGGGGAAGAUGGAAUCCCUGAGCUACGCAACCUCCCAACCCCAGCUGCCGACGUUUGCUGCGGAUGAAGAGCAGCAGGCCCCGACGGAGAAGCGCCGCCACCAGUCCUCGAGCCGGUCUUUGACGCCCUACUCAAGCCGGCAGCCGCUGGCCGUUCACAGCCCAGACGACAUCGAGCCCUAUACAUCCCCGUCGCCUCAGGAGCAUCACCCAGGAACGUUCAGGACCAGCGAGCAGUUCAGGGACUCUGUGCAACAGCACGGAAAUGAGAAGAUGGUGUUGGUUGAAGUGCACGCCGCCGCCGAGGAAGAACGCGGCUCUUCCUCCCAAGAGCUUGUCGACGGGGCGCUGGCGUUUCACAGGCCGUUUGUGGAAGAUGUUGACGACACGGUUGACGACACGCUCUGCGAGAGCACCUAUGACUCGGCGACUGAUGCGGAAGAACCCGACAACCACGUGGAAACGUCUCUCGCGGAAGACAUUGCGUCAUCCCUCAAGAUGAGCUGUUGCCAGUUUGACACGGGCUUUCUGGUCGGCGAAUCGCGCAGUGCCACGAGCCUAGAGACGAGCUUCCUGAACCGCGUGAGUGCAUCACUGCCGUACAUAGAGGACACCGACACUUCUGCGUCGCCUCUGUCGUCGCCUUGUGCCGGUUGCGAACAGCUUCCGUUGGAAGUGUCGACAAGGUCAACGCCGUCACCCAUCGAGGUACAAAGUGGAUGUGGGACCGUCGGAAGCGUUGACCGACUGGACUCUCCCUGUGUGCUGCUUCACGAAUGUCUAGACUGUUCCGUGGAAACUCCCGUGCCCGCGAUGCCAAACGACGAGCUCCGAACGUUUGUGGACGCCGAGCGAUGUGGGCGCGCUGCCGAGCUCGAUGUGGUGCAAAGAGUGGAAGCGUUGAAUUGUGGCGUACUCUCUACCGACGCCGACCGUGCUGUCUUGGUGGUGGAGGCGACGAAGGAAAGCUCCACUUCUGAGGAAGAGGAUAAUGAGGAGGUGAUGCCGUACUCUUAUCUGGACGAGAGUCCCCUGUUGAGUGAACCGUACACUGCUAUGCAGCAUUCGCAGAGCCAAGACCAAAGUCUGUGUCUUCUGUCUCCCACCGAUGGAAAUACUGAUCGGAGCAGCUUGUCACCAGACCCAGCAGUAUGCGUCGAGGCUGGCGAAGAAAUUCGGGAGUCCUCAAACACUCCAGAAUUAUGCAUCAUGCAAGUGGAGCCUUCUCAAAACGAACCCGUGGCUAUGAUUUGCGAUGCGGCUCAGGAGGAAGAAAAAGUUGUUUCAGACCACACGCUUUCGGAGUCGGUGGACUGCAGUCCUUAUUGUGAAACUGAGAAGGACCUGAUCUGGGAUGAUGAGCUGCAGGAAAACAAGGAAAGCGCACUACUUAAUUCUAGUCCUGGAAUCGACCCUAAUACUUUCGAGCUGUGCGAACCACUUGUGCAGAAGGAAGCAACUCACACUGACCUUGUAUUUUUAAAUGUUCAAAAGUUGGUGAAUGAAAGUGAACAAAUGAAAGGUGUAGAAUCUGCGGCACCCGAAACCUUUUCCGAUUUUACUACUUCACGGGACACUCAAGAAAGUCCUCUUUUUGGUGGGCUGCAGUGCAGUACUCAGGCGCAAUCACUUACACACUGUAACGAGUUCAUCAAUGCAAGCACCACAGAAGACCUCGAGUCAAAGCCUCUCAUCGAGUUUGGAGACGACGACGUGCUGUUGAGGUCAUCUUCAAGGCCUCCUCAAAUUGUAGAAGCAAAACGCAAGUCAGAGCCCCGGACGUUUGGAGCAAACUCUGACAGCGGUAAAAAGCGUCUCUCGGAACCAGUUGCCCAACCUCGCUCGGAGAAGAGGGGCUCUGUCAAGGAACUCAUGUCCAAGUUUGAGCCCACGGACACCCAGGCCUCUAAUGCAGAUUUCAGUCCGUCAAGAACCUCCCAGCCAAGCCUUUUCACUCAGCUUAAAGUCAUGAGACUUCAGUCACGCAAGACCAACCCGUCAUCACCUCCCAACUCGUCCAACUACGACCCCUGGUCAGACCCCAUCCUUGACGAUCAGGACAAUCACGUGGAGGAGAGCGUCUGCUACGACACCGCUCCUCGGGCCACCGUCGACAGUGCGAAGGCCGAAGGCUUGGUGGAGGUUCCUGAGCCUGUUGUGCAAGUGCACAAAGUGGACAGUGCAAGGACUGAGGUCAUCGUUGAAAUUGAAGUCUCGGACGCGCAGCGGCCUGUCACUCUGGACUUGCGGAAAGUGAGCGCGCCAACUCAAGUGGAAGAGAAGCAAGUGGAUCCAGUUAAGAAGCCAGAAGAAACAGUAAAAAAUGCUGCCACACUCCCUCUUGAAAGCGAGGUUAGCCGGAAACGUAUAGAGAAGUUCAAGGAGGAGCGUCGCGCCCAGUUGAGGGAGAAACUCAAGUCCGAGAGCUUUCGGUCGGAGGAGGUUGUGAAGCUCGACGUGACGAAACAGAGGCGGACCUCCGACGGAGAGGCCCCCGAGCUAGCCGCGCGGAACGUGGCCACCGUUCCGUUGCGGCGCACGAGCAAGAACCUGGAGAACCAGCAGGCCACUGACGGCAGGAGCUGGCAGAAACCGCCGGGCGACCGCAAGAGAGACCUUCUCAAGCAGAGUGCAGAAUCCGCUGCAACCGAAAAACAGCCGGCGGUUCCGAGGCCACAGCAGCCGGUGGAGCCCAUGGCCAAGAGGCAGGACUUGUCACCUCCCAAGCGGAUUCGCGACAGGGCGGCCAUGUUUGAAUGCCGAAGCAAGAAAGAGCCGCCCCACCCGCAGCCACGGCUUGCUCGCGCCGACCUGUCCUCUUGCUGAGCAGUGGUCGAACCAUUCCAUGGCACUAGAUGGGAAAGAACAUUUGGCCCUUGUCUUAACCUCCCCUUCCUGUUUCGAGCUGCUAAGGAGAAGUGACAACAGGGGAUUGGUGCUACCUUGUAGUCUUGAUCUGCAUACCUUUCAUACACUUAGUUUCUACUUGUCCUCCAGGCCAAACAGCUGCAACUAAAAGCCAAAGUAAGAGUAGUAACAGAUAAGAGAAGCCUUAUAUUGCUGUAUGACGGCUUCUACUCGAUGCUGCUCUGUAAAUGUAUAUGAUGUGUUCGUUUAUCCUCAGCAGCAAACCGAGAUUUCUUUUCACACAUUUUUUUUAACAUUGAUUGGGAGGACUGGUGCAUGGUACUGGUGGGAACAGUACUUGUGGGAACAGAGGCAACCUUGGAUUUUCAGAUAUGUGUAUAUUUGUUGCACCUUUCUAUCCCGUACAGCUUUUUUAAAUGCUUUUUUAUGGUCUUGCUUUCAGUGAAUGCUGUGUACAUACUUGUUGCUGGUUUUUAUGCUGUAAUAAGAUUAUAUAUAUUAUAGAUAUAUACAUACAACAUUUACGAAAAAUAUAUGUAUGUGGCAUCGUCA